AGCUGCUAGGUUUUCGGUAUGUCACACGCUCCCAGCUCCUGGCUGCCGUGUUGGCAAAGAUCGUAGUUUGUGAGACGUUUGCCACCUACGCAGAAAACGGCGUCAUGUUAUUACAUCCAGCUAUCGUUAUCGUCAGUGCGAUGCACGAAUCAGUGCCUUAACUCCCUUCCACAUGUAAGCAGCGGCGGAUGCUUCUUCCUUCGGCAUCUGGGUCUGUGGUGAAUGCAGCAACCAGUGAUGAUCAAACGCCUUAGCCGAUGCGCGCGGAUCUGUACGCUAGAGUUGACUUGAGCUGAUAUUCGAGGAUUCUGAUGUCUUUUCAGAAAAGGAAAAAAGUACUAGUGGCACGCUGAUUUGUGGACUCGCCUCACUGACGAAGGGAAAAAGACGUGAGGGAAAAUGUCCGGAGGGAAUUGUACAGUGAAAGAGGAUAUAUCUGGGUGGGUAAUAGCGGCUGUGUGGGAACAAUUUGUCGUGUGUUUUAUCGGCGCUAUAUGUAAUGCAGUGAGCAUAUGGUGUUUGCUCAGGUGCCAGAGAACCGGAAAAGCAGUGAAGUUGCAGCUCAUCUGUAUAUUCGGUCUCCAAACGGCCAUCUCCUUGGUCACACUACCAUUUGUGACUUACCUGUACUACGCAGACUUCUUCUGCCUGGAGAACGGAGUGCCAAAGCAAGUGCAGUUCCUCUUCUCGAUCUUGAACAGCAUACUCCUUCAAGGGGAGAGGCUGAACUUCAUGGCACUUGCAGUAUUCAGAGCUGUGGCUGUUAUAUACCCGAACAAGUACAGGAAGUUGGCGAUAACGAAGAUAGUCGUGUCAAUACAACUCGGAAUCCUCCUGUGCAUUGUGCCACCCUGGAUUAUUCUUGGCAUAAUAAAGGGAUUCGACUUCUCGAGUUCGAGCGGAAGCGUCAUAAGGCUCCAGUUCCGCAACGGGUCCUCCUUCCAUUUCGUGAGGGCGCUAUACGGAAUCUACUACUGCCUUCCUUUCGUCGUCACCGUCGUCGCCUGCACCUUCAUGAUGAUCGCUCUCAUCCGUCAGAGGCAACACGCGAAGGCCUUAUCCAAGAAGAGGCAGGAGAACAUGGAUCAAGUCGCCUCGACCAUCCGCGUCGUCCUCUUGACGAACGUCCUCCUGGACGGACCACACGUCGUGUUUCACCUCGUGGAAGACCUCGAGCUGGCCACUGUCAUCACCCACAUGGCGUUCUUCCUCCACCUCGUCCUGGAUCCGGCCAUCUUCGUCUGCAUGAAUCGGAAUUACAGGGAGGAGAUCCUCCAGAAGACGCCCCUCGUGUGCACUGCCGAAAGUCCCCACUGUCCUUGGCGUUCGUGCUGCCCGCCGGAGAUCGAUAAAGAGCCACCGAACGAGGGCGAUAGCACUAUCUGAGAUCGAGCGCGCCAAAUGUACCCACACUUCACCUGACUUAAUUGAUUCAUCUAGGUGCGUCAGUGAUGUCACAAUGUCCGCUGUUAUCGACGCGCGAGUCUUUUCAGUGAUCAAUGCCACAAAAGUACAAGCUUUUUGUAUUUGUUGGAGCAGUGUAUUCGUGAUGUAGAUUCAAGUAUUGCUAUAGAAAGGGCCACGACACAAGUUUCAACGACACUUUUCAAGUGUUGUGAAAUAACUUUUAAAAAUUAGAAUUAUUGCAGGUAACUCGACAGAUCAUCUCGACUUCAUUUUCGCAACUGAACGAAAGGCAUCGUAGAACUUUACAAAGGAAACAAUAAUGACUCAUGGGGUAAACACUAAAUUUCAAACAUCUAACUCACCUGGUAGUUAUAUAUAUAGCUUGCGUCCCUGACGUCACGGCAGAAAUUCA